AUGGCACAGCGCUCAAGCCUAGAGUACACACCACUUCCAGAGAGGGCACAAAAGAUUGUCGAAGCCUUCAUCCCCUCCGAGGAGCAGAUUGAGCGCGAGAUUGCCCAGUACGCACACGUCAAGCCACGCCCUCCUGACAAGGACUUGGAUACCGAAGUCCUGGACGGAGUAGUCUUCACACACCAUUUUGUCCUGGGCCCCGGCGACGCCGAAGUGAUCCAGUGGCACUAUGUCGAAGCCGGUCCUGACGCCGAAGCCGAAGCAAUCGUCUUCCUCCACGGCAUCCCCGACGCCUGGUACCAAUAG